AUACCUUCAAGCGAGAAGAAGAACUCUCAGAAAAGGAAAGAAACCCAGAAUAGGAAGUGAAAGAGAAAAGGCAUAUCAGAUUGCUGUGGGAAUUUCUUUAUCCAAUCCCAUUGUAUUUUUGUUGGUUCCCAAGAUUUUACUGCGGAAAAGGUUCCCAGGUAUCAGAAACUGAUUGAGAUCUGUUCUGAAAUCGUAUGGGGUUAUUGUUUUCGUGUCCAUUCGCCGCUUACAAUGACAUAGAGAAUGGCCUCCAAUCUGUCAUUGUAAAGUCCAUAAACUUUGGAGGAGAUGAGCAGAAGACUGUAUUGCGAUCUGUUAGCUUUAAAGGCCAAAACUCGGAGCCAACAAUAUUGCAAUCGGAUGGCUCUGGCAAGAUGUUGGUAGAGAAGACGGUUAGCUUUAACGCUAGAGAUGGCUUGAUGAUAAGCAAUGUGUGUGUUAAACCUCGAUUGGAGGAUGAAUUCAAGUCUGUGGCAAUUGGGGUGGAGAAGAACACUGAGAUGGGGACUCCAAAAUCGCCCGUUGUGUAUACGAGCAACCCCAAGCACGAGGCUGCAAUAAAGUUGCAGAAAGUGUACAAGAGCUUUCGAACGAGGAGAAAGCUAGCGGAUUGUGCAGUGCUGAUCGAGCAGAGCUGGUGGAAGCUAUUGGACUUUGCAGAGCUCAAGCAUAGCUCGAUUUCGUUUUUUGAUCUCGAGAAACAUGAGUCUGCCAUUUCUCGUUGGUCACGAGCAAGAACUAGAGCUGCCAAGGUGGGUAAAGGCUUAUCGAAAAAUGGCAAAGCCCAGAAACUCGCGUUACAACAUUGGCUCGAAGCUAUUGACCCGAGACAUCGUUAUGGACACAACCUCCAUUUCUAUUAUGUCCAGUGGUUGCAUUCUCAGAGCAACGAGCCCUUCUUCUACUGGUUAGAUAUAGGCGAGGGGAAGGAAGUUAAUCUCGUUGAUAAAUGCCCGCGGUGGAAGCUUCAGCAACAGUGCAUUAAGUACCUCGGGCCGAUGGAGCGAAAGGCGUAUGAAGUUGUAGUGGAAGACGGGAAGUUCUUGUACAAGCAAACGGGAGAGCUUCUCGACACGGGUGAUUUAAAAGGCGCGAAGUGGAUCUUUGUCCUCAGUACCUCAAGAACCAUGUACGUGGGGAAGAAAAAGAAAGGCUCGUUUCAGCACUCGAGCUUCUUGGCUGGAGGAGCUACACUGGCUGCUGGGAGGAUAGUUGUCGAAGAUGGAACAUUGAAGGCUGUUUGGCCACAUAGCGGGCAUUAUCGUCCCACACCAGAAAAUUUCCAAGACUUCAUCUCGUUCCUCAAGGAAAACAAUGUCGAUCUCACUGAUGUUAAGCUCGACUGUACUGAUGAGGAAGAAUCCAUUGUCAUGAAGAGUGGAGGACACUCGAGAAAAAUCUCCUCCGGAGAUGAUCUUCCCGAAAACGGUUGUUUAGAAACCGAAGAGAUUGAUGUUGAAGACUCGACUUUAGUGCAAAACGAGGCGAAAGAAAAAGAAAGUGCUGCUGCAGUAGAGUUGCCUAAAUCAAGUGUGCCACCCGGUUUUAGUCACAAAUUGACGAAUCUUGAAAUUCCCAGCAAGGACGAUUUCUUGGAGAAGCUAAAGAGUGAAAGUCUCACUAGGCCUAAUUCAAACGCCUUAUUGGAAUCGCCCUUGGAUGGAUACGAAUCAACAGAAGAAGUGUUUCCUUUCGAGCAAGACCACGGGGAGCUAAACGUCUUCGUUGGUGAAGAAAGCAAGGAAGAAACAAUCCCGGAAGAGUCAAUUCUGCAAAGGAUUAACUCACACAAAGAAGCAAAAUCGUAUCAGCUAGGAAACCAACUCUCGUGCAAAUGGAGCACCGGGGCAGGACCGAGAAUAGGUUGCGUGAGGGACUACCCCUCACAGCUGCAAUCCCACGCUCUCGAGGAAGUUAGCUUGUCUCCUAGAAGCGCUCACCGCUUAAGGCGGGAAUUCCCUUCAAGGGCAUCUACUCCUACGAGUUUAAACCGAGAAAUGCAGCUGCCUUGUAGCCUAUCUCCUCUCGAGACGAGGAAUCGGCCUCAGAAAUUGCAAUGCCUCUCCAGAAGGCAUUCCUCCCCAUUGCGUAAAGAGGCGCUAGUAACUCAAAGCGCUUCGUGAUCUAUGAAACGCGUUUUUUUGAUUAGUUCAUUCUUUUGUGUGAAUAGAAAAAAUGACAUUGAAAUUCUGACAUUCUUUUCUAUAGGGGAAUUCUUUGAUUGUUUUUUCUAUUCCUUCUGUACAUAGCUUUUGUCACAGAUGAAAGUUGUAAAAUUUUGCUAGCUUUAGCACCCAUGAAAAGGGGAAAGAAAUGAAAAUUUCCACAUUUUUUAA